GUUGGUUAAACUUCAAAACACUGGCAACGCUGCCGCAUAAGUUUAUAUUCGUGCGCGUAAAAGGAAGCUUGUUGCAAGGCUUUGCCAAACAAAAUGCUCAACUACAUUAAGGAAGCAAUUAUGGCGCCGUCCACACGCAGCAACUGUAGCAAAGUGAACCAAGCUCUGGACAAGGAUCCAGAUAAACAUAAAAGCCUAAAAGCUCCAGCCAAAAUGCUGGGCUAUAAAAUAACAGACAAUGAGCGCUCACGGAAAUUCGGUAUUGGCGCCAAUUCAUUAGAAAUGCUGCUACAGAAGGCACAGCUCAAAUUUCCGCUGCAGGAGCUGCACAUUUAUCUGGCCAUUGAUGGCUUUGAAGUCUCCGACGAGGAGUAUUUCAACAGUUUGCCAGCUCAAACGCUCUUCAUUGUGGCUGGACCCGAUGCAGUCAUCACAACGGAUGCUGACUUUGAGUUUGAGAAAAUGCGGCAACAGUCGCCGCUGCUGAAGGUCGCGGACAUUUUCUACGACUUUAUCGAGCAGCAUCCCGACAAGUUUCGGCGCAUGAUUACGGAGUAUGAGCAGCAGAAGCAGCGACGGGCCUUGGACAACACGAAAGCGCAUCUCAGCCUGAAGGCCGAGCACGUUGAGUGGUUCGAGGGCAGCGAAGAACGCUUUCAGUCCAAGGAGGAGGCCAUGGCCGUCAGGGCGCAGACACGUGUGCGUGGCUACUACUACAAGACCAAGGAGGAACUGACGCGUAAUCCACUGUACAGACAGAAUGCCAAGGCCAGGCAAAUCAUAAACUCGGUGCUGGAGCAAUUUCGCUAUCUUCUCAUUGGCUGCGAUUACUUUUCGAUGAUGUUCAAUCGAAAGUGUGAGCUGAAGCAUGAGAUGCUGCAACAGCAUGGGGAUUCAGAGGAGCCCGAUGCGGCGAGCGUGCCCAACAAGCGGCUGCGGCAAGUCAUUAAAGAUUAUACGUCGCGAAAUGCCAUCCUAGACGAAUGGUCCGUUUCGCUCUGCUCGGACUUGGGCGACUUCUAUUGCCAGGGCGCCUACUCGGACAAUGGCAAUUACUGCUCGCUGCAGCACACCAUCAAUCCAUAUGCUUCACGGGAGAAUCUCAUAUUGUUUCAAGUGUGGAAUCUUGACCAUCAAAUCGAACUGUGUCGCACCAUUUUGCCGACGUUGGUGGCCAAUGUCCAAGAGCUGGUGACACAGCCGCAGCGCAAAUGCGCGUUGCACAACAAACGCGUUGUGGACGUCUCUGUGCUGGAGUACUUCCUGGAGAUAUUCUCUCUAAAGAAUCUCAAGUUGGUCCACAUCGUGUGCCAUGAGAAGGUGCAACGCACCAAUCAGUCCAAUGGGCGCCUCCUCUGCGCCGAUUGCCACGAAUAUCGCAUUGUGCAGGAGCUAAUGCAGGUGCAAGCAUCGGAGAUAACAUCCUAGA